AUGGCGUCGAACGCUAUCAGCGAAAUAACUGAGGAGUUUCUCGUCUGCCAGAUCUGUUUGGAGGACUUCAGGCAGCCUAAGGUGCUGCCGUGUCUUCACACCUUCUGCCAGCCGUGUUUGGAGAGGCUCCUGGCCACAGAGCCGGUAGGAAAACUCUCCUGUCCGACGUGCCGACAGGACGUGCCCCUCCCAGAAAAUGGCGUCCAGGGUCUGAAGUCCAACUUCCUCGUUGGUAAACUGCACGACAUUUUGCGACAACAACCAAAAGGGAGCAAGGAAUCAUCGGAACCACAGACGGAGGGAAUUCCCUGUACGGCCUGUGAGAGAGGCAACCCUGCCGAGUUCUACUGUGUAGAGUGUACCGACUACCUGUGCCACGUAUGUAACGAAACGCACCGUGGACUCAAAGGGACGAGGUCCCACAAAGUUCUAACAAUUAAAGACGUACAAUCAGGCAAAUUUGUUGCGGAGCUCCGCUCAAGAGAGACCUCUAAGUGUGAGGAUCACAACGAACUGAACAAGUUCUACUGUGACACCUGUUACCGGGUCAUCUGUCUGCACUGUGUGGUAACGGCACACAAAGAUCACCAGUAUGUGGAGAUAGAAAAGGCGGCAGAGAGGGAGAGGGCAAAGAUCAAGGCAAAACUGUCGUCAGUGAAGAACACAGCAGGCCUGCAUGAGAAGUGGAUAGAAGAGUUACAAUCAGUAAAGGACGAUUGGCCUUUACAGGUACAGCGUACAGAGGAACAGAUAGAAAAACAGGCAGAGGCUAUCAUAGAGGCCGUUCAGAAGGUGAAAAGUGAAAAAAUCAGUCAGCUUCGCGCCAUGUAUGCUGCUCGGGAGAAACAGAUGGAAGCCGCCAUGGAGGCAGCUGAGAUGGACCUGGCCUCAGUCAAGAGUUGUGUACAGUUCACGGACAAUGUGUUAGAGUACGGAAGUCCAGCGGAGGUCAUGUCGGUGGCCGGAGAACUGACCGCACGGAUGGAGCAAACCGCGGACGAGAAAAUCACAAAGAGGGCUGAACUGACCAACGAUUUAAUGAACUUGACCUUUGACCCACCAGAUGGUGACCCUGAACCGGAGGUUUCAAAAUUGAUAGGUGGGAUAAAACAAACAAGAACUUCAUUCACAAGCACACUGUUAUCAGUUGAAAUAAACGUAGAAAAAGGUAUCCGACACGGAAGUCCUACACUACUAAAAACUGUUGGCCAGAGAGGCAGUGGAGAUGGACAGUUUCUCUCCCCUACAUCACUCGCUGUCACUACAGAUGGAGACAUUGUAGUGACUGAUUAUCACAACAGACGCCUGCAGUUUCUUGACAAAGAUGGGUCAUUUAAGAAGAAAGUUGAAUUGGAGUUUAAGCCAGGGUGUGUGGUGGCACUGACAAACGGUGAUCUGUUGGUGACAGGAGACGGACACAAGAUUCACGUACUGGACAAACAGGGGAGGGCUGCACGUGUCAUCCAGGUGACAGGGGUUGCAGAGAAUGAUAAAACUACACAAGGUAUCUCUGUUGACGGUUUAGGACGUAUCAUCGUAACUUUUGGGUACCAGGUGUUUGUACUCAGUCCCAGUGGUGACGUCAUUCUGAAGUUUGGGGACAAAGGUCAAGGUCCGCAGCUAUUGAGUUCCUACCUCCGUCUGACUGUCAACAGCAGCAACAAAAUCAUCGUUAGUGACAAUGACAACCACAACUUGAAGAUAUUUGACUCCGCCGGUCGUCAUCUCUUCACGUGCGGGUCACAUGGCUCGGGACCUGGUCAGCUGACCUACCCCUGCUGUGUCAUCACGGACAGCGAGGACAACAUCAUCAUGGCUGACUGUGGGAACCAUCGUGUUUCCCUGUUCAGUCAGGACGGCACGUUUAUCAGGCACGUGCUGACACGGGAGGAACACGGACUGAACUAUCCAUUGGGGCUAACGCUGACUCAGGACGGACAUUUGGUUGUUUCUGACUGUCAUUCUAUCAAGAUGUUCAAGGUGUAAUGAAAAGGCUAGUCAGAUCUUCUAAAUUCCUUCCACUGUAUCAUCUGCACCAUAGUAACAAGAAAAACAAAAUAACUCUUUUAUAAGCCCUUCUUCAGCGCCUACAGGUCAGUACUGUUUUCGGAGAAACUAUCAUUCUUGGAUCCUUUAAUAUUUCCACUUAAUCUAUUACAUCAGAUGAUAUCAUAUACAAACCAUGCUUAAGCUCAAGGUGUAAUCUAUAAUGAGAUAUGAAAAUAACAUUUCUAAUGUAUUGAUUAAAUGAAGACAAUAGUAUCUAUAGUCAGUUAUUCAUAUCCAUAUACUAUACAUGAAUUGAAGUUCGCUGAGAUUUAAUUUCGCGGAAGCGCGAAAAUGGACUUUUCGCGGUGGUUUUAAUUUCGCGGUAACACCAUGCACUGUAGUCUCUUACUGUUAUGGAAAAAUGUUCGCGGUGGUUUUCAAUUCGCGUUGAAGCGGCCACCGGAAAACCGCGAAAAUUAAUCCACGGCGAAAGUUUCUGCAUUUAAAGUAUUGUUUCUCAUUGGAAAGACUGUACAUGUGUUAGACAAAACCCUAGUCUUUGCGGAUUGUUCCAACCGCCAUCAUCUAAAAUGAUAGCGAAUCAAGAUCAGAAUACUCAAAGUGACGCGUUUAAAGUCUA